AAAACAUGGUGUCUCUUUCUGCCUACCUCCACCAAUAUCCGCGCGUGACGCAAGGGGAGUAUAUUUAAAUCAGGAUUAGCUCUCCACCAACAUUAAACUCAGCUGCCCUCCAUUCAAGCACCGCGCGACAUACCGUCCCGCGCGCACGGUCGAAAAUAGGAGGGCUUUCUACAAAUCAGCACUCAGGCUCGCGCGAGCAAAAGUGCUUGGGUUGUCGAGUGAGCUUUUAGCAGAGGCGCAGAAGGUAGAAGGCACGAGCGAACGCAGAAGCGGUGGGUUACCAAUGCAUUCUCCAGAUACUGGAUCAUCCGGAGUAAAACACUGGAAACAAUAGAUUCCACAGGAAUUUUGCACAGUGCACGGUGUGCUAUCGUCUCCGAAUGAAUGACCAUGGGGGAGUGGACAAUAUUAGAGCGUCUCUUGGAGGCGGCUGUCCAACAGCAUUCUACUAUGAUCGGAAGGAUCCUCCUAACUGUGGUGGUGAUCUUCCGGAUUCUAAUCGUUGCGAUCGUUGGAGAGACGGUCUAUGAUGACGAGCAGUCCAUGUUUGUGUGCAACACCCUGCAGCCCGGCUGUAACCAGGCCUGCUACGACAAGGCGUUCCCCAUUUCCCACAUCAGAUAUUGGGUGUUUCAGAUUAUUCUGGUGUGCACCCCCAGUCUCUGUUUCAUCACUUACUCUGUGCACCAGUCCGCCAAGCAGAAGGAGCGCUUGGAGCGAGGGUACUCCACCGUGUUCCUCUCCUUGGACAAGCGCCAUGAUUCCAUCAAAAGAGACGACAGCAAAAAGAUGAAAAACACCAUUGUAAAUGGAGUACUUCAGAACACAGAGAACUCCACCAAAGAAGCAGAGCCCGACUGCUUGGAGGUGAAGGACAUCCCAAAUUCAGCCAUGAGAACUAGUGGAAAGUCUAAAAUGAGGAGGCAGGAGGGAAUCUCAAGAUUCUACAUCAUCCAAGUGGUUUUCCGAAACGCGCUAGAGAUAGGGUUCCUGGUGGGUCAAUAUUUCCUGUACGGAUUCAAUGUCCCCGCGGUGUAUGAAUGUGAUCGAUACCCCUGCAUCAAAGAUGUAGAAUGCUACGUUUCCAGGCCCACGGAAAAGACAGUGUUUCUGGUCUUCAUGUUUGCGGUCAGUGGCGUCUGUGUGCUCCUGAACUUGGCUGAACUCAAUCAUCUUGGGUGGAAGAAGAUCAAAGUAGCUGUCAAAGGCGUGCAGGCCAGGAGGAAGUCCAUCUACGAGAUCCGUAACAAAGACUUGCCGAGAAUGAGCAUGCCAAAUUUCGGCCGCACUCAAUCAAGUGACUCUGCCUAUGUGUAGCUGUCGAUUUUAAUACAACUGAAUGGGAACAAUUGUAGCCUACAAAGAAUUCACAUAUAUUUAAUAAUAAUGUGGUAGAUAUUUUAUCUCACCGACCUCGUUUGCGAAGUAGGUCGGGUAUAUCGAUUUUAUUUGUAUUUUAUGGAUAAGUAAAAAACAA